AUGAUGGCGGCAUUGGAUGUGCCAGUGGAACGAGUCUAUGAAGAGGUGAAAAGAGUUGCCAUGCGGCUGGAAAAGCUGCAAAAAGGUGACUUGAUCGACAAGGUAGCGACCUUCAAAGGACUCCUUCUUUUAAUAGGACCAGUGAGCAAGCGGGAACCCUGGCUAAGUACAUACACAAAUGCAACUAUUGUUGAAAAAGGGGACAUCUGGCAGCGGACUGCAGAAAAAGAGAGAAACCCUCGAACCACAAGUAUCGUGAGAGCGGCCACAACCGCAAUUAUAACGAUACGCGAAACAACGCAUGGUAGCUCGCUUGCAAGAGAGUUAGGCAGAUGGUGUAAAACCGUCCAAAGAAAAGGGGAAGACCCAAAACUCCAAACCGGCGCUAUAGGUAAACCAAGCGCUUGUGAAGUGGAAAUUUUCGAUAUUACAGCAAAAGCACUCGUAGACACAGGCUCUGUGUUCUCGAUUACUCUCCUCAAGAGAGUGCGCGAACAAGGCGUUGAUCUUGAUGAUAAGGCACACAUCGUGGGUAUGGGAAAGAAUGCAGAAAUAACAACAGAAGUAAUGGUCAUAGGAGCUAGCACGGUUUGCGUGCAUAUGCACAUGCAGCAAAGUAACGACGAUACGUUGUUAUUGGGCACUAAUGCUUUAGAAGUACUGGGAAUCUCUUUGGAGCUAACUGCGAACGUACGUGCAACGCGGAAUGGCUUUGCAAAUGACCCGUGCUCUGGUGCAGCGUACUCAGACAAAAGGGUAGUAGUCGGACCAGGUAAAGUAGCCACAGUCAAAAUUUUUGGUAGGAACUCGACAAGGAAGCUUGCAGUUUUUGGUCCAAAAACCCUCGUAUAG